GUCCCGGCGCCGCGGUGACCCCCAGAGGGUGAAGCGGGAGCCGGCGGCCGCGGCGCCGAGUGGAGCGGAGCUAAGGGAGCGCGCGCCGGGCAUGGAGGACGGCGUGGCCGGGCCGCGGCUCGGAGAGGUGGCGGAGGCGGUCGAGGCACGGGCGCCCCGUAGGGUGACUCUGCGGCCCUUCGCGCCCUUCUCUGCGGCUGCCGAGGGGGACGGGGGCGGCGGCGGCGACUGGAGCUUCAUCGACUGCGAGAUGGAGGAGGUGGAUCUGCAGGACCUGCCGAGCGCCACCAUCGCCUGCCACCUGGACCCGCGCGUGUUCGUGGACGGCCUGUGCCGGGCCAAAUUUGAAUCCCUCUUCAGAACAUAUGACAAGGACACCACCUUCCAGUAUUUUAAGAGCUUCAAACGUGUCCGGAUAAACUUCAGCAACCCCUUAUCUGCAGCCGAUGCCAGGCUGCGGCUGCACAAGACCGAGUUCCUGGGGAAGGAAAUGAAGUUGUAUUUUGCUCAGACUUUACACAUAGGAAGUUCACACCUGGCUCCGCCCAAUCCCGACAAACAGUUCCUCAUCUCCCCUCCGGCCUCUCCUCCCGUUGGCUGGAAACAAGUAGAAGAUGCCACCCCCGUCAUAAAUUACGAUCUUUUAUAUGCCAUCUCCAAGCUGGGGCCAGGAGAGAAGUAUGAACUGCAUGCAGCGACAGACACCACUCCCAGUGUGGUGGUCCACGUGUGUGAGAGUGACCAAGAGAAUGAGGAGGAAGAGGAAGAGAUGGAGAGAAUGAAGAGACCCAAGCCCAAAAUCAUCCAGACACGGAGACCGGAGUACACACCCAUCCACCUCAGCUGAACCGGCGCGCAGACUGAGACAGCGCUCUGAAUCCCACGUGUGGGAAGGAAUCUUUUACUGUGCAGGUGGCUGGCCGUGGCUUUGGAGGGAGCGGCCGUGACCACUGUGGCAGAAAUUCCAGUUCAUGAUGCUCAGAAGAGAGUCAAGGCCUCCUCCCCUUGUUCUGAUGCUGCCCCUCAGUCCAUGUCCACGGCACCUGGGACUGUCUUGGGCCAUUCACUGAAUGUGUGGCAGUCACACAAGGACACUGGGGACAUCCUGAGAAAACUGAUAGUUCUUGUAAUUGCUCAUUUCUAGGUUCUGUUUUUGGCAAGGACAGGUUGACUGGUGGCCCAGGGAGAGAUUUCUGUUUCCAACCAGAGUUCAGGGUGCAGCCCCCCCACUGGUAGGCAGAGGCACACCCCCCAAAGCCACCAAGUGUCCAGUGCAGAAAGGUGGUGGGACAACCCCCGAACCGUGUGGAAUUGUCCUUCUCGUUCCUUCCCCAUGGUCUGACGUUCAUGCAUGUGUAUUACUGGGUCCCAGGACCAGCCUUUGUUCACGUAGGAAGUUACGCUGUUUUCCAUCUUGGGAAGCCAGGAAAGUUCUGGAACACUCUUACCACGUGUCCUCGUUUUCUCUGCACAUGGGGUCGAGGCUGGAGACAUCCACACGUCACCCUGCCUGGUGCAUUGUGUCACUUGUGCUUCCCUGCAAAAGAAGUUGAUCUUGAGUCCCCAAGUAGAACUUAGCCUAACCUGUGGGAGAGCAGCAGGGUUGCUGCCAGCCGUCUGUCUGGGCUGGGAAGGUUUGGUGUGGGUGCUUGCGUUCAGCACCGGUCUCCGUUGUUUCCUUCAUGUAGUGGUUUGUGUGUGAAUUUCAUCCCAGACAGUCUUUGGGAACUGUUGGUUGAGACAGUUUUUCACCCCCAUUGAAACGUGAAGAUAAACUUGUAAAUACAGCCAAGAGCAUAUCUUAGUACCUGUCUGUACCUGGGUGGAAGUAGAGGGCAGAGGGAGUUUCAAGCUACCUGUGACUUGUGUGUGGUAGAGGUUACUGUCAUGUGUUUAAUGGGGUGAAUCAGAGCAUGUGGAGUCCGUCGUAGCCAUGUGUUCCUAGAGGGACACAGUGCCUUUCCCCUUUCAUCCAGAUGACCACGACACUCGGUGAACAUUUGAGAAUUUCUGCUUUCCCAGUCAUCGUGUGUGUGUCUGGUAAAUAGGUAUUCUAUUUUGGUCUUACCAUUGCCAUUACAAAGUUUGUCACUCUGAAUAACCUGAUGCCAGUUAACAGUGCAUGCUUUGGGGACUCCGGAGGUGGCUUCCCCUGGGGAGCAAAUGGGUUGAUGUUCUCCAAACCCUGUUUCCAGCGCUCGGUGGGAGGGAGCCCACAGGUGGGAGGCCAUCCCGUUGCCGCCGGCCCAGUGUUUCUAGUUCUGCACUUUGAACCGGAGAGGCUAACCUCAAAGAUAUUUUUUUUAACUGCAUUCUAUAAUAAAUCAGCACAAUAUGCUCUUCUGGAGA